AUGUGGCACUAUAGAUGCUACGACACUAAGGAAGGAAGGGAGACGAGAACCAUGUGGCACUAUAGAUGCCACGACACUAAGGAAGGAAGAGAGACGAGAACCAUGUGGCACUAUAGAUGCCACGACACUAAGGAAGGAAGGGAGAGGAGAACCAUGUGGCACUAUAGAUGCUACGACACUAAGGAAGGAAGGGAGACGAGAACCAGUGGCACUAUAGAUGCCACCACACUAAGGAAGGAAGAGAGACGAGAACCAUGUGGCACUAUAGAUGCCACGACACUAAGGAAGGAAGAGAGACGAGAACCAUGUGGCACUAUAGAUGCCACGACACUAAGGAAGGAAGAGAGACGAGAACCAUGUGGCACUAUAGAUGCCACGACACUAAGGAAGGAAGAGAGACGAGAACCAUGUGGCACUAUAGAUGCCACCACACUAAGGAAGGAAGAGAGACGAGAACCAUGUGGCACUAUAGAUGCCACGACACUAAGGAAGGAAGAGAGACGAGAACCAUGUGGCACUAUAGAUGCCACCACACUAAGGAAGGAAGGGAGACGAGAACCAUGUGGCACUAUAGAUGCCACCACACUAAGGAAGGAAGAGAGACGAGAACCAUGUGGCACUAUAGAUGCUACGACACUAAGGAAGGAAGAGAGACGAGAACCAUGUGGCACUAUAGAUGCCACGACACUAAGGAAGGAAGGGAGACGAGAACCAUGUGGCACUAUAGAUGCCACCACACUAAGGAAGGAAGGGAGACGAGAACCAUGUGGCACUAUAGAUGCCACGACACUAAGGAAGGAAGGGAGACGAGAACCAUGUGGCACUAUAGAUGCCACGACACUAAGGAAGGAAGGGAGACGAGAACCAUGUGGCACUAUAGAUGCCACGACACUAAGGAAGGAAGAGAGACGAGAACCAUGUGGCACUAUAGAUGCCACCACACUAAGGAAGGAAGGGAGACGAGAACCAUGUGGCACUAUAGAUGCCACGACACUAAGGAAGGAAGAGAGACGAGAACCAUGUGGCACUAUAGAUGCUACGACACUAAGGAAGGAAGGGAGACGAGAACCAUGUGGCACUAUAGAUGCCACCACACUAAGGAAGGAAGGGAGACGAGAACCAUGUGGCACUAUAGAUGCUACGACACUAAGGAAGGAAGGGAGACGAGAACCAUGUGGCACUAUAGAUGCCACGACACUAAGGAACGAAGGGAGACGAGAACCAUGUGGCACUAUAGAUGCCACGACACUAAGGAAGGAAGGGAGACGAGAACCAUGUGGCACUAUAGAUGCCACGACACUAAGGAAGGAAGAGAGACAAGAACCAUGUGGCACUAUAGAUGCCACCACACUAAGGAAGGAAGAGAGACGAGAACCAUGUGGCACUAUAGAUGCCACGACACUAAGGAAGGAAGAGAGACGAGAACCAUGUGGCACUAUAGAUGCCACGACACUAAGGAAGGAAGGGAGACGAGAACCAUGUGGCACUAUAGAUGCCACGACACUAAGGAAGGAAGAGAGACGAGAACCAUGUGGCACUAUAGAUGCCACCACACUAAGGAAGGAAGGGAGACGAGAACCAUGUGGCACUAUAGAUGCCACGACACUAAGGAAGGAAGAGAGACGAGAACCAUGUGGCACUAUAGAUGCCACGACACUAAGGAAGGAAGGGAGACGAGAACCAUGUGGCACUAUAGAUGCCACCACACUAAGGAAGGAAGGGAGACGAGAACCAUGUGGCACUAUAGAUGCCACGACACUAAGGAAGGAAGAGAGACGAGAACCAUGUGGCACUAUAGAUGCCACGACACUAAGGAAGGAAGAGAGACGAGAACCAUGUGGCACUAUAGAUGCUACGACACUAAGGAAGGAAGAGAGACGAGAACCAUGUGGCACUAUAGAUGCCACGACACUAAGGAAGGAAGGGAGACGAGAACCAUGUGGCACUAUAGAUGCCACGACACUAAGGAAGGAAGAGAGACGAGAACCAUGUGGCACUAUAGAUGCCACCACACUAAGGAAGGAAGGGAGACGAGAACCAUGUGGCACUAUAGAUGCCACGACACUAAGGAAGGAAGAGAGACGAGAACCAUGUGGCACUAUAGAUGCUACGACACUAAGGAAGGAAGGGAGACGAGAACCAUGUGGCACUAUAGAUGCUACCACACUAAGGAAGGAAGGGAGACGAGAACCAUGUGGCACUAUAGAUGCCACGACACUAAGGAAGGAAGAGAGACGAGAACCAUGUGGCACUAUAGAUGCUACGACACUAAGGAAGGAAGAGAGACGAGAACCAUGUGGCACUAUAGAUGCCACCACACUAAGGAAGGAAGAGAGACGAGAACCAUGUGGCACUAUAGAUGCCACGACGCUAAGGAAGGAAGGGAGACGAGAACCAUGUGGCACUAUAGAUGCCACGACACUAAGGAAUCGAGACGAGAACCAUGUGGCACUAUAG